AUCUACAUCGGAUAUACGUCAUGUCUCCACAGCCACAAUAUCCGCAACAAGUUCGCUCGGAUCUGGUGGUGUGAGGUUAUAUAGCUAGCUAUAUAGCUAUCCCGCUAACGUGAGUUGUUUGAGUUUCCAUAUAACGUUAACCUAACAUUUACCAAUUAAACCACAAACUUGCAAUAGUGAAUACGUGCACCUUCAUAUAUAGCAAUAUCAGAGAUAUGUACCCAGCUAGGAUGGUAAUCUAGCCAGCAUUUCAACGUUCGCGUCCCCUUUGAAGAGUUCUUUCUGCUUACGUUAGCUUGCGAGCUAGCUAGCUUUCAUAAAACAUUUCGAAAUGGGACGAGGAGGUGGUCGGAAGCGUGGAAAAGGCAAUGGACCUCCUCCAUUUGACAUGGGACCAAGGCGGCCCCAUCCAUUUGACAUGGGCCCAGGACCAGGUUGGUGUGGGCCGCCUGGACCUUUUGGUCCUUUUCACGGUGGCCCCGGUCCACAUCCUAACUUUAUGGGAGAUCCAAUGAUGCAAGGCCCCAUGCCCCCAGAUUAUCACAGAUAUGGGCCAGGCUAUGGGCCAAUGGGUCCAGGUGGCCCCAUGGAUGGAUACGGGCCAAGAGGCCCCAUGGAUGGGUAUGGGCCAAUGGGUCCAGGUGGACCUAUGGAUGGAUGUUUUGAUGGGCCACCGAUGGAUGGGCCAGGAUUCGGGUAUGGUCCAGGUAUGCCCGGACCAUAUGAUCCAAUGAUGGGCAAUGUACCAGGACCAAUGCCCCCCCCAGUCAUGGCCCCGCCAGUUAUGCCCCCCCCAGGUAUUCCACCCCCUGGUAUUCCUCCCCCAGGUAUGCCGCCCAUGGUCCCACCUCUGGUGGACAACUCUGGCUUUCCUCCACCCUGGCAAAGCGAGGUAAACCCUUAUGCUGUUCCUCCGCCGUCGUGGCCCGUUCCGACAACAGCCCUCCUUCCGACUGAGACAACUGUAGUGCCUGAUGUGUGGGGACUCUGCCGGGGCUCCGAGGUCCCUCAGCCUGAUCCACCCCAGCCUGAUGAACAGAAGACCAAAGUGUCCAAGAAGGACAAAAAAUCAUCAGGGAAGAAGAGCUACAAUGACAAGCCUCCUCCACCUGGAAGAUCCAAGGGGGUCAUCUCGUUUAUUGGGCCAACUUAUGGCUACAUCGAAAGAGACGAUCUCAAAAAAUAUUCCUUCACUUUUGAUGCUUUUCUGGGAGUGCCCAAGAACAUGAUACCUGGAGUCAGGGUGCAUUUUACAGCCUAUAAGGAGAAGGCAGGGGAGUGUGCCACCGAUGUAUCUGUACCUCCUGGGGGGACUGAGGAGAUUGACUCCACCAUUAUUGAAGGUUUUGUCUGCAAUGCUAUCCCGGAGCAGCAGCCUGGUGCAAAGCAGAAACCUGGCCAAAUUGAGGCCAACAUCGAUGGCAAGACAAGAGCGCUGCUUUACUCAGAGAAGGACAGCACCAUCACCCUGUUGCAAGGGGACCAUGUGACGUUCAAUUUGUUAACCGACAUAGUUUCCCAAAACGUUAGAGCCACUAGUAUUCGGCCAAAGACACCACAGACUUUUAAGAUCACUGGAGAGAAGAGGGAGGUGGGUGUGAUAAUGAGCGUAAAGGGUGGCUCUGGCACCAUAAUGGCAGCGAACCAGAACAACCUGCCCUUUGAGACCACAGAGAACAUGAGUCUAACUGAGUUCGCUGUUAUGGAUGAGGUGGACUUCACAGUCGUCACAAUCAAAGGGAAGGAGAAGGCCAUCAGAGUAAGGAAGCUGAAGUGCUUGGUGACACUGGAAGAUACCAUGGAGAAGAAGGUUGAAGACACUGCAGGAAAAGACAAGUGGAAGCCAGUGGCCCCAGUGGAGAUGGUGUUGCCCCAGAGGACUGUGGUGUUUGAGGACGUUAGCACUGUGCAGCAUGCAGGAACGGUCAUUAAGGCUGUCCCCAAGGUGUCCGACAAGAAGCAGGAGCAGGGCCUUUUGGAGGUGUGGGUGGGUGGCACACAGAAACCGUUAUCGUUUGAAGCCGCUGACGUUCUGACUGACGCCACCAUGUUCGACGGAGACAAGGUUCACUUUAACAUCUCCACCAACCGUGAGACCAAGGAGGAGCGUGCCGUCAACGUGGAGAUUCUCUCCGAGACGUUUGAGGAGUCAACAGAGCAACGCAGAACUGGUGUGGUGGUGCAAGCUGGGGAGCUUUCUGGGACCAUUAAGUGCCAUCAGAGCCCCCAGCUGCUCUUCUUCCAUCUGACUGAGGUCAUGGAGGAGACGAAACUGGACAUCUCAGAGAAGGUGGAGUUUAGUGUCAUUCCGCUUGAAACAGCUGAAGGAGGUAACCAAGCGAUCAGGAUCAAACGCUUUAUCGACAGUGUCUUCACCCGUGUGCCCAAGCUUGUGGGCGUGGCAACAAAAGAAAAGAAGAAGAUGACCAUCAAACUGAUGAGAGACUCAAAACUGCUCAUCAAGGGCGCAGGUGUCAAAGUAGAGCACAAAGAUGAUGAUCUUACCAACGACAAACCUGCCUUGGAGUCGGACAAGAUGAAAGCUGUCGUAAAAACUCUGCGGUCAAAAACUGCUGGCUCUGGAUCUGGUGGCAAGGACUCGGACAGCAGCCGGCGGCGAUACGGGCGCAGAAGCCGAAGCCGGAGCCCCAGCCUAGACCAGUUUGGCCGGGUGAAGAAAAGGCGGAGCACCAGCAGGGAGCGCAAAGAGCAGGAUGGUAGCAACAGGUACAGGAGCAGUCGCAGCAGGAGUCGGAGCAGGGAGAGGAGCAGCCGUGGGAGCAGGAGGCGAAGCCACAGUCUGGAGAGAAAAGAUUCCAAGCACAGAAGCAGCAGCAAGGAGAGGACAUCCUCGAAAAGGAGCCACAGCAAGGAGCGAGAUGGAAGCAGUCAGAGGAGCUCCAAGAACGGUUCAAGCUCGGGAAGUAAACCUCCAGAUAGAAUGAACGAUGAGCUAGAAAGAAAGAAGAGGGAACUAGAUGAGCUCAAUGAGUUGAUAUACCGCAAGAGAGCCAUGGUCGCCAUGGAGCAACAUGGUGGAGUUCCCAAUUUCCUGCCAGAAGGGAAGCCUAUGGAGAAGACCUGCUUUGACUACAAUCAUGGAAUGCCAGAGCUUCCUCCACAACCUAAACCACCCACUGACAUCAAACCCAAGUCCAUUCUGAAGAAGCGCCCAGACCAUGUCACAGGGCCACUUUUCCCAAUUCAGACUGAACCCCCUAAAGCUCAACCUCUUGAUCAAAGGCUUGUGGAACAGUACGGUUAUGACGUUGAGACGCCCUAUAAACCACACUCUGCCCAACCACCCUUCACCCAAACAUCCAGUCAGAAGUCCUAUUAUGAAGGUUCACCUGCUGGACAUCCUGCUCCUGACCUAUCUGCAAAGUAUGAUCCAUAUGAGCAGACUUCUAGAGAGCACCCAUCACAACCUUCUCCAGUUCGCCAAACACCUCUUGACCCUCAUUCUUCAAAACGACCUCUUCCCAGCCGAGAGUCUCAGGAAAAGAACCCUAACUUGAACACCCAGCUCGCCCGUUUCCUCAACAUCCUCAACAAAGGUGUGGAUGCCGGUCUGCUGUCCACUGUGGUCAAGGAGUCUCGAGAGGAGAUUGCUGGUAUUCAGGAGGAUAGUUCCCUCCCUCAAAAGUGUUAUCGUGGGUCGCGUGAACGUGGGGAUGAAGAUCAGUACAAGGAUGCCUACAGGGGAAGAGAGGAGGAGCCAGAGCGGCCGCACAGGGCCUUCGACAUGGAGCGAGUGAAGACCUCUGAGGCUAAAGAUGACCCCAGAGACGAAGACCGGCUGCUGCCUCACGAGAGAGCAAUCCAGGACAGUGGUGGCUUUUCCGGGAUUCUAGGAAUGACAUCCCACACCCAGUUCCUGAGAGAACCUGAACGUGUGGAAGAAGAGGAUGACUUCCUCUAUGGGGGUAAAGCCCCAGCAGCAGCGGCUGAGGAGGAGCGCUAUGAGAAACCUGGGCGCACAGACAGAUCCAGGGAUGACGGGAGGUCCAGCCCAGCCAGAGCCCCGGUGGAGGAGACCAAGAAGCAGGAGAGUCAGGACAAGACACAGCACUUUGACAAGAUCAAGAGCCUGCUCCAGGCCAUCGGCCUGAACCUAAACACCUCCGAGGUCACCAAGCUGGCAGACAGGACCCAGGAGCGCCUCUACGGGACAAAGUCAUCCAAACACUCAUCAGAUUCCUCUGAGAGAGAGACAAAGCACUCAUCUAGGCGGGGAGAUCGGCAUCGGCGACGCAACACCGACUCAUCUGAUUCCGAACGCCUCCGAUCGGCCUCGCCCUCCAGGUCUUCCCAGCAGGAGGUGUACCUCAGCCCCCAAGACACCCCGGAAUAUGGAGGGUUCCUUGACCCGGAAGAGGAGGCUGCCUUGGAGAAGGCAAGGCAGAUGCAGAGCCUCACCAAGAAAGUGAGCGUCUCGCCCCCCACCACCUCACCCACCUCCUCCUCACAUCCUGGCACAUCCUAUUCCACCACAAAGUGGAACUUCCCUGACAAGAGACAGCCCAUUGCUCCUAAGGGUUGGCCUAGCAAGGGGUGUAGUACCAACUAUCUCUCAUCACUGCUGCCCGGUCCGUUAAGCCCCCCCCAAAAUAUUUCCCCUGUCCCAUCCUUGACAAACACACCUUAUGUUCCUGCUGGUCAACAAACAGCUGGGGUGUAUACUUAUGCUUCGCCUGUGGGACAAUCCCCUGGCCUACCCACGGCCUUGCCCACCGCUUAUUAUGGGCAUCCUGGUGCCCCCAUGAUACCGUUUGCAAAGACUCAGCUCACACAACAAGUGAAUAUAUUGAAUCAGGUGACUGUAUCGAAUCCCACAAUGGAUGUCUUAAGUCAAAUCCUCCAAGUCAACAGCCAGUCUAGAUGCCUCAAGGUGAUUGAAACAGUCAAAAGUGGGUCCGGUGCACAGCAGGAUUCGCCAAGACAUAAUAUCACCAUACCUCUCCAGAUCAACACACAAAGCCCCGAUGCUGCAGCUGGUCAGCCCUCGCCUCCCCCUCUAUCACCAGAGACUCCGGGUCCACCAGUGACGGAAGACGAUAUCAAGGCCAAACAGAAGAAAAGGCUGGAGCAGUUUAACCUGCGGAUGAGACAGAAGAAUCAGCAAAGAAUGAACGAUACUCGUGACAGUAGGAAGAAGAACGCAACAGGGAAAGUUCCCAAAGUUACCUUUGCAAACACAGAGCCUAGGAACGUGUGGAUCUGUGGCCACUCCCUUAUAUAUUGGGCAGAGAUGAGGGCCAAGUCGCCCGAGAUUGGCAUGCAACUGGGCAUGGACCCCAGCAGUGUGCGGGUGUGGUGGAAGGGCACACAGGGCAUGACGUGGGCCCAGCUGCUGCCCCAGCUUGACCAGCUGAAGAUCAAGUGGCCCAGCCCAGACGUGGUCAUCCUGCACCUGGGUGGGAAUGACCUGGGCACCCACAACCCUGAGGCCCUUCUGGCAUCUGUGAAGAAGGACCUGACCUCCAUGAGGAGCAUUUUCCCACAAUGCCUGUUGGUCUGGUCUGACAUAUUGCCCCGGAUUUCCUGGAGGCACACAGAGGACAGCGACGCAGUGGACAAUGUUAGGGCUGCCAUCAACAGAAGAGUUCACACCAUCAUCGCUGAGCUAGGUGGCACUGCUCUGACCCAUGACAACAUCAUGUGUGGCUCAGACGCAGGCCUGUACAGGCCAGAUGGUGUUCAUCUGUCCGGUAAAGGUAUUGAUACUUUCAACUUGAACUUGCAGGACUUUUUGGAGAAGUGGGAGACCGAGGCAAGCAAUGGUCCUGAGAUGAGUUAAGAAAUGCCCAAUGAAUUUGUUUUUUUAUUGAGGGUGGUUUUAUUUUCAUUUCUCUGUUGUCAUAGUUACCUUACUGUGCUGGAGCGCUGGAUACCAACCUACGGGUUGAUUUUAGAUGUAAUGUUACUUCAUUGCAAAUAAUACAUUCUGUUAUGGUAGUAUCCACUUUGAUUAAAUUCUGUAUGUAAUCUUUUCUUUUUUUAAGUUUUAGCAUACUGAUGAUUAGCAUGUUGUUUAUCCAUAAAAUGCUAGACUUUUACUUAUUGUAUGAAUUUUGUUGGACAGAAACAAAUAAACUAGAUAAUUGGAAAAUAUCAUGUGCUUGGCAUUUCAUUCAGCUCUGAAGCCUCUGAGAUAUAAAACUUGUGAUAGAAGAGGCAUUCAAACUAGGUUGUCUGUAAAUUAUGGCGGUAAAAGUGAAGGUCUGUUAAGUGGAAAUUCUAACAUUGUCUCUUUCUUGUCAAAACAUAUACUCACUCAAUUUUUAAGUUAACUGCAGAAGAAGAAGAAGGAAGAUGACUUUAUUGUCCAAAGUACACAAAUAUCCAACGGAAAUUCUACAGGUAUACAAGAGGUAACUUUUGUUUGUACACUGUUGCUAGAGCUUUUCUAGUGUAGUAGUUAGCUAGCAGAUUGGCCACUCCAGGGUUCUCUUAUGUAUUACUUUACCUUUUAUUUCUGUAACUUAAUGUUCUCUUUUUUUUGUUCACUAUCCAAGCUGUAAGGUUGCUUGUUGCUGACCAGCGUCAAGUUUUCUUUCCCUCCUACCUACCUAGGAGUCUCUUUACCUUUAUCCAUUUUCUAGGAUGGUCUCAGGACUAGGUUUUGAACAUCCAACAUAGCAAAGGUAACACAAGUUCAGCUGAAUUAUAUUUUAAAAAGAGAACAUUUUUAAUUUUUUGUCACUUUUUGGAAAUGAUACAGCAUUCAAUAACAAAGAUCUGUGCAAUCCAGUGUUGAUGUACAGUGUAGUAAUUUUGGAAGUUCUGUCACCAUACUUUUCUGUGAUGUUUCUGUAUUAUUUCGAUCGAAAUAUAAAAUGACGUACAUAGGUGACUGUGAGGUGUGCAUGUUGUGACAUCUGACGUUGUUGAGAUAAACAUGUAGUGCACAGAGCGUCAAGAUCGAUGAAAAUGCACCCUAAAGAUUAUUUUCAGAACUAAAAAAAAAAAAAUGCAUCUGGGUAAGUUUUUCGUUGUUGUGUGUUUAGUCGCUGAAAGAAUGUUUCUUAAAAAUAAAUGUACACCUGUCAUAAGGCUUGUUACUAAACGUACUGCUAUUUUCAUCGUUUCAAUCCUGAAAGAUCAUCUUUCUAUGGUGUGACAAUAAACACCAGACUAUUAUGAA